AUGCUGCCGGCCAUAAAAUCCUCAUCGGAUAUGGAUUGGGCCAAAAAUGUCCCAUGCAAAAAUAUCACGAUUUUUGGGUUUUGUAAAUUUGAAAACAAGGGUUGUGCUUUCAAUCAUGGUCGUGUUACAAGUGAUAAUUCCCAAGAAAAAGAUAACACCGAACCAAAACCAACUCAAGGAACUAUAUCGAGUGUAAGCUCCGCUGAAGAUUCCAACAGUGGUAGCAGCACCAGCAAUAAUGGUAGCGCAAACAGUAGCAAUGGUAAUGGUGUCAAAUUCAAUCCUGAUUCUAUGUCCUUCAAGCCGGCAACGCAAUCAAAGUUCCAAAAGCUCUCUGCCAAUCUCAGUGAUAUUCCAUCAUUUAUUCCUCUGACAAACUUGGCGUCAGCAAGUGUGGAAUCUUUCCAUGAAUCACCUUCGUAUGAACCUGAAGGUGGUGUAUUGGGAACCCCAGAAAAAAAUUUUACAAAGCUAGGAACAAUGGCGUCUUCAUAUAACUUUGACAAUCCAGGAUUCCAACCAACCGGUAGUCCAGUUAUGCAUAAAUCGUAUUUGAAGCUGUCAAAUGCUGCCAUCCCUUCACAACUGCCAUCGUCUCAAGAACAGCAGCAACAAGCACAACAACUACAACUACAGCAACAACAGCCACCAAACCAUCAAAAACAACAAGCUGGAUCCUUGCAAAUGCCUUCGGCGACUCCUCACUCUCUACUGCUGCCUAUACCCCAAAUGAACCAUCCGUCGUUGCCUAUUCUGCAGCCUAUGACUCCAGUUGAUCAGAUGAUGAUACCUCCAUUACCACAAGAUCUUCAGGCAUCUGUGAAUCAACCACAGGCACCAUCUUCGCAUACAGGUCCAUCAUCACAAAUAAUUAACCCUUACUCAUCGAUGCCUAGCCAGCCUCCUGAAAUGUAUUUUACCCCUCCAUCAGUUAGUUAUCCCCUUCAGUACCAUUUAUAUGCUCCAACUUCCCAUGGUUACCAUCGUGGGAAUUAUUUAAGCCCUAAUGAAAGGGAUUCUCACUCGCUAUUCAUUCCAAAUGAUCUACGCGAAACACUUCUUAAAAAGAACGAGGCAACUUUACAAACAAUUCAGCAUUCAAACUUACCAGAGUAUAUUUCAGUUUUCCAUACCCUUGUACCACUAGAUAAGACUUUGAAGAAAAGUAUCAAGAGUUAUGGUGUUCCGAAUUCCUUGUAUAAGGUCUUCUCGAACAAGGACGGAAACCCUUAUGUUUUGAGAAGAUUAGAAGGUUUCCAAUUGACAAAUGAAAAAUCAUUAUCUAUUAUUAACCAUUGGAAGCAGGUUUCAGAAGAUUGUGGGAAUAUCGUUAAAAUAAAAGAGGCGUUCACCAGUUUGGCUUUUGGCGACAAUUCAUUAUAUUUUGUCCAUGAUUUUUAUCCGCUUGUUAAAACCCUUAGGGAGGCUCAUCAAGGUAAAGUGAAAUCGGUGCCGGAAACAUUACUCUGGGAUUAUAUUGCACAGAUCACAAACGCAUUGGUGUCGAUCCACUCUAAAAACCUUGCUGCAAGAUUAUUGAAUUGGGAUAAAUUUAUUGUUACUGGUGCGAAUCGUAUCAAAUUCUCAGGUUGUGGAAUUUCAGACAUAAUUAAUUAUGACCAAGAUCUGUACAAAAUGACACAGUUGGAUUGUGCGAAUAGAAUUGAGUAUUACACCUAUUUACAAAAGGAUGACCUAAGGCAAUUUGGAGAAUUGAUUGUGGAAUUGAUUCGCCAGAAUAAUGGGUUAACUACAUCAAGUUUGGAACCCUCGGUGAUUGAUAGUUUGAGUUACUAUUCUGAUGAACUUAAACUGGCAAUAAAAUAUCUUCUUGGUUUUGAACAUGAUACGCCAACGAUUUCUGAAUUUUCUAGCAGGAUUGUUUCACAUAUUCUUAAUACAAUGAAUCAACUCCUGGAGGCUACCGACACUUUCGAAUCUACUUUAGCGAAUGAAAUUGAAAACGAUCGUCUAGUGCGUCUUCUUACUAAAAUUAAUUUUGUCAUUGAUCGUCCGGAAUUUGAGGGUGAUUUGUCAUGGUCAGAAACCGGGGAAAGAUAUCCAAUAAAAUUGUUUUAUGACUACGUUUUCCACCAAACAGAUCAAGAAGAUAAACCAGUGAUGGAUCUUGUACAUGUCUUGUCGUGUUUGAAUAAGUUAGAUGUGGGAGUUGAUGAGCGUGUGCUAUUGGUGAGCCGUGAUGAAGGCAGUUGUAUAAUUGCCUCCUAUAAAGAGUUGAAGAAUUGUAUAGACUCAUCAUUUAGGGCGUUAUCAAAACGUUAG